CUGAUGUUCAAACGGCGCCACAGCUGCUUUGCAUAUCCUGUUUCUCUGACUCAGAUUAUGACGGCUAUUAAGAGAGGAGGCUAUCCGAGCUGCGCUGCAUAGAUGCUCGCGCUGUUGGACAAAUCCAAAAACAAGAACAAGAAAAGGCUGAUAUCCCAUGAUGGACGGGUUUGCGGGGGACAUGUUGAGCGGCGGCCGGGCUCUGCUCGGUGAGGACAGCUCGGUGAUGGCUCGCAUGCAGAAGAAGUUCUGGAAGACCAAGCAGGUCCUCAUCAAAGCCACGGGCAAGAAGGAGGACGAGUACGUGGUGGCCUCAGAUGCUGACCUGGAUGCCAAGCUCGAGUUUUUCCGCUCGGUUCAGUCCACGUGCACGGAGCUGCUGAAGGUGAUCGAGAAGUACCAGCAGAGGAUCACACGCUUGUCUCAGGAGGAGAACGAGCUCGGCCUGUUCCUGCGCUUCCAGGCUGAACACGAUCGCACCAAGGCUGGAAACAUGAUGGAUGCCACCAGCAAGGCCCUGUGCACCUCGGCCAAGCAGAGGAUGGCUCUGUGCACGCCACUGCACCGUUUGCACCAGGAAGUGGAGACGUUCAGACGGCGCGCCAUCGCCGACACGCUGCUGACAGUCAGCCGUAUGGAGAAGGCCCGCACCGAGUACAGAGGAGCUCUGCUCUGGAUGAAAGACGUCUCCCAGGAACUAGACCCGGACACCUACAAACAGCUUGAAAAGUUCCGCAAGGUCCAAGCUCAGGUCAGAGGGACGAAGAGCCAGUUUGAGAAGCUAAAGAAUGAUGUGUGUCAGAAGGUUGACAUGCUGGGAGCAAGCCGCUGCAACAUGCUUUCACACUCCCUGUGUACCUACCAGACCACUCUGCUGCAGUUCUGGGAGAAGACGGCUCACGCCAUGUCGAGAAUCCACGAGGCCUUCCAAGGACACAUACCGUACCAGUUCACCACGCUCAAAGACCUGCGAGACCCACUGGAGGAAAUAACAGACUCAGAGAAAGAGGAGGAUAGGAAGGAGAAGGCUCUACAGAGCAACACAGACAGUCUGGUGUCCUUGGAUGACGACAAGCCACCAGGAAGUGCCUCUGAUGCAGACCCCGCCCACAGCAGUGCCGGGCAGAGCCACAGCAGUGACGGUGCUCUGCACGACCUCGGGGGACCUGAUGACGACCUGUUGCUCAUGGCCUGUAACCCACCACAGCUUCCAGUCCCAGCGAGCACUCCUGUCCAGCCUCAGCUCCUGCCUCCUCUUCAGGGUGGCGACCCCAGAGAGCCCUGGGGCUUUGGAAGCCUCCAGUCCAGCCACUUGCAGCUGCCUGCCACCGGUGGUUCACCACACCCAACCGGGACAGGGCUGAGACCUGAGGAGGACGACGGUGAACGGGGUGACAUGGCUUUCCUCAAGGACCUCCUCAGCCCGGGCCCCGGGGCCAGCGACGAGUUCAGCAGAGAGUGGCAGGAUGCUUUUGGCCUGUUCGACCCUCCCAGCGUGCCUCCGCUGAGCACAGGAGCAGCAAGCAGUGGGCCGGCGGCACGUCCGUCCUCCCCAAGCCCGACGGGCUUCCUGCCCUCCCAGCUGCUGGAUCACAGUCUGAGUGCGACAGGCUGGUCAACCCCACCUAUGUUCCAGGCUCCGCCCCUGCAGCCUCCUCCUGGUCAGAACCAAUCGGCUCAGGCAGCUCCAAGCUCAGCAGCUAAUGUUGCUCCAGCUGGGUCCAAAGACAUGUCUGCCUGGUUCAACCUGUUUGCAGACCUGGACCCUCUCUCUAACCCUGACGCCAUUGGACGCUCUGCGGAUGAGCUGCUCAACGCCUGAAGCUCUUUGCUUGUGUGUGUGCGUCCAGCAGUGUAUAAUUUCUCCCAGAGAAUCUGGAUGUCAGCACGUUUCCAUGUCAACAGCCAAGUAAAAGAACACUCAUCAACAGUCAAAAACACACGCAAACACUCACUCACACACACACACACACGCAUUCACACAUACGUGCCUGCAUUACUGCCAGCACGAGAGCUGUGCACGUAUGCACGCUCAUUUUUGUGUUACACUGGAGAAGGAAAGCCGUGUCAGUGGCUCCAGGCUGCUCCCUGCAGCUUUCUACAUGACUGUUAACACUACACACGAAGCCACUGACUCAUAUGCACACAGAAAUCCUCACGUGGUCUGUAUUACCUUUUCACUGUCACUUUCUGCAGCUUUUGUCAAGCGGAGAGUGUGUUUGUGUUGCAGGUUCAUUUUGGAUGGCGUUGCCUGUUUUUUUUGUUUCUCUUUGUGUCUUUUACAUGUGUUGUUUGGAUGUGUGUCAGUUUGCUGUGUGUGUGUGUUUGUGUGUAUGUGUGAGUGUGCACACAACAAAGUUCCCAGGAUGUAAAAAAAAUUAAGCAAAAGAAAUCUAUAUUUACUGCUUAGACUUGUUUCUACAUGGUAGCACAUGAUUGUCACAUAUGAAUAAAGAGCGUACAGUAUUUAUCUAUAUGAACCAGACAUAGUCUGUGUCUCAGAUAAGAUGGGGAUAAGACCCUGAGCCUCUCGCUGAGCCUUUAUUUGCACGCAAAAACUACAGCAGUUGAAGCUGAAGCUGCAACACGGGUCCUGUGACAUGAAGCAAGGUUAGCAGGUUAUCUGGCUGUCUUUGAGUUUUCAAGCCGAGUCACUGUGGCGGAAGAGCAGGUUUAGUCCAGAGAAACGGAUCAAAACAACUCAACAGCUCAAUUAAUGAGAACUGAGGCUAAACUGAAGCUAAAUUCUCACAUCAGGCACAGUGACGAUGCUAGCAUGCUGAUUCUUAGCAGGCGUAGUGCUGAUCGUGUUCACCAUGUAGCAUUCAUGUUAGAAUGCUAAAAUUUGCUAAUUAGCACUAAACAUAAGUGCAGCUGAGGCUGAUGGGAGCCUCAUUAAUUUUUAUGUAUUUGGUCAUUAAGUGAAUUAUUGGAAACCAUCAAAAUGUUGACCUGAUCACGACAGAGUUGUUGAAAUUCAUCCUGAGAGGAUCAUGAAUGUCUGUACCAAACGUUGUGACAAUCCAGUCAACGAUUGGUGAGAAAUUGCUUGUCAUAGAUUAACAGUAAGAGGAUCACCAAAGUUAUUACUGUUUAUUCUCUGGGGACCCUGAGUGUAUACACCAGAUUGACUGGCUCACUGGCUCAGUGAAGCAGGUAACCCAGUGUUGAACUUGCUUUGUGAUACAGACCCCACGAACUGGAUCUUUAUGACUCCACCAGUUAAAGAUGGAUAAUGUGACACUUUAUUGAUCUCCAUAAGGAAAUUCAAUUCUGUUUUCUGUUCGGGAUUCAGUCAGAUGGUCUCGAAAUGUGAGCCAUGAGUAUCUGAACUGGUUCCUGUGACCCCAGCAGCCUCUUUAUGUUCAUCCUCUCACCUUCAGCCCAGAUUCUGGUUGCUGAGUGGGUAAAAAUAGGACACAUCUGAAGUCAUGUUUAGGCUUUCACCAUCACUGGUCCAAGGCCAAGAAA